GGCGCAGUUACUCAUUCUGCCUAGGGGGCGGCAGCGGCGGCGCCUGGCUUUCCUUUCGUGUUGCUGGGAGCACGUCCUGCUUUGGCGAGGUUAUCCGUUGUCUGAUGGAGAGGGACUGAGUGAUGGAGGCACGGAAUGGAGUUCACAGGUUUGGAAGAGUUUCCAAUUAAAUUGUACGAUCAAGCCAUCAAAGAUUGCACCGUGUAUGGGAAAAUAACCUCUAAGUAUGGAGCAGGGAUCCUGGAUUUGUUGCGAGAAGAUGGCAGUUCUCCAUGGGGGUUUUCUGUUGGCCAAGAAGCAAAGUCAACACAAAGUGCUUUUGGAAAUGAAAAAAUCUGAUUGGACAGCCUUAGGGAAGCCUAUUGUCUGUGCCGUACAUGAGAUCUGUACAGGAGGGACUAACUCAGCACAAGAUCCUGCAGAAACCAAGCAGUGGCAAAGGAAAAUACUUGCUUUUGUGUGGGCAAAGCUACUGAACUCUAAUGUAAUUGGAACUAAAAUUAAGGAGGAACUGGAUUCAGAUUCUGAGAGUGACCGAAGGUGGAAGGAAGACCUCUUCUUUUCAGCAGAAAGCAUGAUUCCAGAGAUAAAUCACACUGUUUUAUUUGAAAUGGUAAAAUCACUGGGGGCCUCUGAUGUCUUUGUUGAGUUACUUUCAGCAUUGCCAGCAAAUGCAAGCCGCCUGGAGAUGACUCAUUUUGUGGACCAUGUUCUUGAUGGAACCUCUGAUGAUGAUGUGGCCAUGUUUCUAGAUGUAUGGUGGGAACUGAUGAAACAAAAUGAUGGACAAAAGAAUAGAAUUGCUCAAACAUUUGGAGACGAGACUAAAAAGUACUUGGCACGUGUGGCUGAUGAAUUUAGUCAUUCAUCCAAGAGACUCAAACUAGAUCCUGAUGUUUCUUCUCUGUUCCCUUCAGUGAACUUGCCUGGAUCUUCCAACAACCCGCCCAUUCCUUGUCUGCUACUAGAUGGUCUUAAGAGAUUGAAAAGUCAUAUAAACUCUUAUGUUUAUAAAUGCUCUGCCCUAGCAAAACUGUCAGACAUGAUUUGCAAUUCAGUUCUUUCUGAAAAUAUUGUAGAGUUGUCCACUAAGGUGUAUUUGGAGAAAUUUGCCAGACUGAUUACUUUAGGUAAUCCUGGGGUCCAAAAGUUUCUAGUACCAAACAUUUUCAUCAGGAAUGUGAAGGAGACACAGAGAGAGCUAAGAGCCACUUCUCAGAAGUCUUCAUUCCAGUUCCCUCAGGGAGCACUGACUCCAGGGAUUGAGUUGCUUGCUGAUCUCCUGCACUCGUGGGUAAAUGAACUUCAGACCGAGCCUGAGAAUGACACUGAAAUUCAGAAGAGAAGCCUGGCUAUUUACAGAACAGUGGAAAGUUUAAAAUGCUUCCGCGAAAUCUGUCCAAUGCUACAAAACUCCAAGAUAGUACCUGAAGAUGCAAAGAAAAAUCUGUCUGAUCUCCUGCUGAAUUCAGCCACUUUUAUUCAGAAGAUUGGCACAUCCGUGCCUUUAGGUGAUGCUGCUACCAUAGAUAAAGUUAAAUUUUCCAUUGCUUUGACGAUAAUUGAUGGAAGAAUGGAAAGAUAUGCAGAAAUAUGUGAAAUAUUUGCAUCAAGUCCUGGUUGGGCUUUAUCAGCUGAUGGUUGGCUUGAUUGCCUUGAAAGAAACCAGGACAUUUUUCAAGAUACAGAUUUAGUGUUGAGGUUAGCUGGAACACUUAAAGAAGUUUCAUCAUGGAGGAUCAGUGAAGCGUCAAAGAUUAAACGACUAAUGAAUGUCAUUUUACAUUGCUUGACUGCCCUGUCAGUUGCUGACAAAAAUAAAGCUCUCUUGGGGAUCCUGUCCUCUUAUGGUAGCAAAGGCUUCUGUAGAGACGAGGGACCUUUUAAGGACUGGUUUGAAGAGGAGGUGAACAUGGCAUUCAAUUGUAUUACACAGAGUGAGGCUGCAAAGAACAUUAGUAAAGCAGUGAAUGCUGUUGCAAGAGUUGCUUUUUUAAACCCAGAAGCCACCCUGCAGAAGACAUGCCACUUGGCUGCAGUGAACCUGGGUGCCCAUAAGCUGCUUGGCCAGAUCCUGAAAAACUUGCCAGCGCUGUCCUUUAAGGACAAGCUGUCUUCAGAUGGACUCAAUAUCUUGGCCAAAUGUCUCCUGGAAGCUGCUUGGGAUAGCUUUGCCACCACCAAAGGGGAAAAUCAGUUUCUUGAGUUCUUGACAUCUCUUAUGGAACCAGGAGAAGGAAAUGAUGAAGAUCCUCCAAGUCCUCUUCUCCAACCAGCCGAUGCCACGAAGAUAUUUGUCCUUCCUUAUCUGAUGGAAAGCAACUCCAGUAUUGAGUUUCCUCUUAAAGUUCUUAACAAUGCUCUAAAGAUUGAGGUGACAGAUGAUGGGACCAAAGAACAUUGGCUACUUGCCUGUUGCCCAUUCCCUCUCAUUUUUGCUCUUUCUCAGCUUCUGGACCAUUGCAUCUUGUGCUGGGAGGAGGACAACAAUAAAACAUCAAGUCACAUUUCUGUCGAAACAAAAGGUCUCCUGAUUGAGACAUUGAACAUGGUUUGUGAUAUUGUUGGACAGAUAAUUUCUGUAAAUCCAGAGAUGUGGUCAACAUCUGUUUGUUGGUUGUACAGAAAAACUGAACAGUUGGACUGGACUGUGCGCCUUUGGUUAAAAAGCAUCUUUGGGAACCAUUUCAAAUAUGAGGUACCUGCCACAUUGUUUGAGGUCUGUGAUCUUUCCGAUGAUGGUUGGUCACCACUUAACCUUCCACAGUAUGGUCCAGGCACUGGACUUUUGGCCUGGAUGGAAUGUUGUUGUGUCUCAACUAAUAUGAUGGAGCAGAUGCUGUCCCAUCUAACAAUUGAUGCUAAAAAUGUUGAGGAGGUCAAUAUGUUUAGCAAAGGCUUUCUAAUUGCACUGAUCCAGGUCCUGCCUUGGUGCAGCUCUAGUGAAUGGAAACGCCUCAACCAUGUUGUAAACAGCCUUCUGCAGCGCGAAUUGCUUCAUGUGCCAUAUACCCUGGAAUAUGUCCAUUAUAUGCCACUGCUCAACCUCCGACCUUUUGCCCAUCCCCUACAGAUCUCUCAGCUUUUACUGAGGGCCUUCCAGCUGAUCUGUAGUUGUAGCUGCUCUGACUGGCUUCCAGUAGCGGGGUGGAAGUACGUAGCACGACAGUGUGCUGGCAGUAUGUCAGACAUCUUGGAGUCUGUAAGGUGCAGACUCAAAGGGCAUGGAGUUCAGAAUCCAGACGGAAGACAGGAAGCCACUUUUGUCAUCAUGCAGCUCUUUUGCCAUGUGAUUCACAUUAUGGUAAUGAUGCCCAGCGGCACGUCCGAGCCUCUGUAUUAUGUAGCCUUGGAGCUUCUUUCCCAGUAUGAGACCCUGACAACUGCCAAUGCCUCUACCUCCGGGCUACUCAGCAAAGUUGAUGAAAAACACUUUCUCUAUUCCAUUGCUGAGAAUCUGUCCAGCGAAGACCAACGUUCUGUGCUACUGCAGAAAAUCAGCAAAAUUUGUUGAGUAACAAAAUCAGAAAUUGUUGGAAAGUCUCAGCAUCUGUGGAGAGAAAUCAGAGUUAACAUUUUGGGUCAAGUGACCCUUCUUCGGAGCUGAUAGUAACUGGGGAAACAUUGUUUUUUAUGCAAAAGAUAGGAUGGGGGUGGAGACAAAGAGUAAACAUUUAUUCCCUGCCCCCUCCUCCCACCCUAUCUUCUGCAUAAAAAGUAACUUUACCCUAGCUACCAUCAGUUCUGAAGAAAGUUCACUGGAUCCAAAAGGUUAGCUUCAAUUUCUGCCCGCAGAUACUGCCUGACCUGCUGAGAUUUUUCAGCAAUUUCUGUUUUUGUUUCUUAUUUCCAGCAUCUGCAGCUCUUUCGGUUUUUUUAAUCUGUUGAGAAGUUCAGUGGCUGUUUAUCCAUGAGCUGCUGGGGUUUGACAUUGCAGGGGUGUUAUAUUGUAUGGAAAAAGAUUAAUCUUGUUUUGAAGACUCCUAAUGCUGACCUGAGAAACUAUUCUGACCUAUGCAGGUCCUGAGAAGCAAAAGUUCAAAGUUACCAGUGAACAAUUGAAUUGAGACAGAACACUGAGUUGUUUCCAGCCACCUCCGGAUCUUGAAUUGAAAUUUAUAAGACUUGAAAUCUGUAAUUUAAGUUUGUGUGAAUGUUGAGAGCGUAACUCAACUUUUUUCAGUUAAUUUGUUUUGCCUUUUUAAGGUCUUUGUGUGUCCCUGAGCAGCCAAAGUACUGCCAGUCAUCUGCCCCAGGUGGUGUGAGAGAAGAUUUAGAACAAAACCAUGCUCCCUCGGAUUUUAUUUUCCUCCACUGUUUUGAAGAUAUUAAAAAUCUUCUUAAAGCAA